AUGGCUGCCAUCCGACUGAGAGAAUUUGUUGAUCGCCGCCCAGUGGUCCCACCCAGUUUAUUCAUUGUCCAUCAAGGAAAGGAUCUCCAAGGCUAUUGUCCUGGGCAACUAGCAAGAUACCAUUUGGACCAUGGUGUGAAGAGGGCCUCCAGACCGCUCAUAGACUUGGAAAUGCCACCCAAGAGAGAAAGUCCGUAUCGGCCUCAAUUAGACCAACAGACACUCAUUCGAUAUAUUUGCUUCCGAAGACAUUCACGGCCUGCUGACCCGUGGUAUAAAGAAACCACUUACCAAAGAGACUAUUCUCUGCCAUUUUAUAAGCUUGAUUGGGACCAGAAACUGGCCACUAUUUCACUGAAUCCUCGACCACUUGAUUCGCUGCCAGCACUCUGCAACUGUGAGGAAAGAAGUAGCUUUGAAAGAAGUGCUUUUAAGCCAAGAUAACCAUGGAGUUCAAACAAGCUCACGUUUGGUCCCUUUGAGAAAUGAUGGAAGAAUAAUUAACAGCACAAAGUUUUCGUAGUGUCUGGGCAUCCUUCCUUAAGAGCUUCUGGACUUCAUUCAAGGGGUUCUGGUUCUACAAACUGGCUGAUAGUUGGGACUGAUGGAGGGGGUCAUGGCUGUCUGUUUUUAUGAUUUGAGUUGGGCUUUCAAUUCCCUUGAGCUAGAACCAGACCUUUUCUGCUCAUACAGGUCAAGUAAGAAUCUGGUGGACCUCCUCUCUACUUCACUUCUAGAAUCACCAUGGUUAGCCAGCAAUGCCCUUAGUCUUCAUAAACCAAGACUAUUUUGAUUGCUACUUUAACUCUGUCACCAAGCAGGCUCACCUUGCCUUUGCAUGUGCAGUGCCACCAUUUGGCCCUGGCGACACCAGGUAUCCAAUCACUCCCAGUGCAUUUAGGUUUUCUAGUUGAGCAGCAGUGGUUCCCACUCUAAGUUCUGGUCUACAGAGAAGAGCUCUUCAAAGAUGCUGGGAUGUCUCUCACAAAUAUUUAUUUUCCAAAGGAUUAAUGAAAGGGAUGUCUUCUGGACCCUCCCUUUGUGUUGGAGUAGGUCUCAAAUGACAAAUCCAGUCCAGCAUCCAGUCUCACUAAGUCUUUGAACCUCUCCCUUUACAUUAAUCCAAGGCAGGUUGGGUUUUUCUAAUUCAUUCACAGUGGGCAACAUUUUGAUCCAUUUCAGUUAACCAAACAGAGCCUGUUCUAAUACCCUUAGCUGCAACAUUAAAUGCAGAAACUCUGCUUUCUAGAAGAGCCCUUAUCCACAACUUACCCUCACCAUUACCUCACAUUCUUGAUAUCCAUUCCCACACAUGUUCUCAUGCUCUCCAGAUUUCUGCUUAUAUAAAUAAGAAAACUCCAGCAGCUCUUAUGGAGCGCAGCACACCUCUUCCUAGGUCACACCACAUCACAUCAUGAUGUGAUUGAGCCCAGUCUCAAUUCUAGAAGCAAAGAAGGGUGGCCACGGUGAGUCCCAAGACCAGUCAGCAGGUCUUGCACAGUAACUGUCUCAGGGAAACUGUUACCAUUUUCUCAGGUGAUGCAGGGUUAAUGCCCUCAGAUGGAGAUGGAAAAACUGCUGCUACUAUGGGUGUGGGGGCCGCUACCAACAGAGGUGGAGAUGUCAACACCACUGGGUGAUGGGAAGGCCUUGGGCAAAACAACGUUCAUUAAAAUUAAGGGGCUCAUGUCCUCAGCUUCACCAGGGUUUUUCUAUGCAUUCCCAUUCCAAAUUUACAGAAUUCCACUUUUUCCUAAGCAAUGC